AUGGCCGCCGCCGCAGUUCAAAUUCCUAGACAGCCGGACAUUUCAUAUGCCCCCAACUAUGACAACUACCUCGACCGCAUCAAGCGACGCCAAGAGAACGAGAAGCUGGACAAGUCUCUUCCCGAAGGCUUUCCUGCCAAGCUUGAGUCUGAUCUUGUCUGGGAUGGCAGAGACUUGGCAGAGACAUACGAUUGGAACUACGUUUUAACCGAGAGCAAUAUUGCUGAGGUGGACCAAGCUCUUCGUCACUUCAAGUCACUGAAUUUGAGCCUGGGCUACGUUACUCCAGAGACAUUUCCUCUGCCCAAACUUCAUGACAGACUACGGGAAAUCUCAAAAGAAGUUCACCUAGGCCAUGGUUUCAAGGUCGUCAAGGGAGUGCCAGUUGAUAACUACACUCGUGAGGAGAAUGUCAUCAUCUAUGCCGGCAUUGCAUCUCACAUUGCCCCAAUCCGCGGCCGCCAGGAUCACCAAUUCGAUGGAAAGCCAGCCGAUGUUGUUCUCGCACAUAUCAAGGAUCUCACCCAGGAGAUUGAUCCCCACAAAAUCGGAGCGCCAGCAUAUACAGCUGACAAGCAAGUUUUCCACACUGACGCUGGAGAUGUGAUAGCUCUUUUCGCUCUGGGGGAGCCUGAAGAGGGCGGUCAGAGCUUCUUGUCGAGCAGUUGGCAUGUUUACAAUGAGCUCGCAGCAACACGGCCCGAUCUCAUCCGGACUUUGGCUGAACCUUGGGUAGUCGACGAGUUCGGAAAGCGUGGUAGGACUCAUACUGUGCGACCUCUUCUAUACUUCCAGCCCGCUACCGAGGACACUCCUCAGCGCCUCAUUAUUCAAUACGCACGACGCACCUUCACCGGUUAUUGGGGCCUUCCUCGAUCAGCUGAUAUUCCUCCAAUUACCGAAGCCCAGGCUGAAGCACUGGAUGCUUUGCACUUUACAGCCGAAAAGUACCGCGCGGCACUCGACUUCCACAAGGGCGACAUUCAGUUUGCCAACAACUUGAGCAUCUUCCAUGCUCGUGAGAAAUUUCGGGAUUCUCCAGAGAAAAGGCGCCACCUCAUCCGUCUUUGGCUACGUGACCCCGAACUGGCUUGGAAGACGCCCGAACCACUGAAUGAUAUAUGGGACAGGGUUUACAAGGACGUUAAGCCGGAAAACUCCAUCUUUCCACUAGAGCCUAGAGUUCGCAGUGCAAGCGACGGAAAGCCUAAUGAGGGCAAGUACCAGUAA